AUGGUUUACGCAUUCAGCAAGGGAAGGCUAAUUGUGGUUGGAGCAGCCAGGUGCAAGCUUGCACUGCAACAGCAGGUCAGACAAGGAGGAAUCAAAGCCAGGUUGAGCACCACAGUGCUGCUGAUUCCAACUUUGUAUCUGGUGAAAGUGAGAAAGAACAGCCCCCACAACAGGUCGAACGAGAGGUUCGGAGCACUGUCCCAGAGGAGGUCUAUUCCCAAACGAACUGGGAGACGGGAGAGGGAAAUCUUACAGUUAGUAAAGGAGAGGCGCCUGUUGCGGAAGGCAUGGAAGAAAGCCGAAGACAAAGAGAAGGAGGGCUUGAAGAACCUGUGGAAUCAGAUCCAGGCCAGACUUGCAGACUUGAGAUGUGCUGAGAGGAUCAGAAAACACAGAAACCGCAAGGAGAAAGCAAGGUUGAGUUUCCUUCGGGACCCUUUCAAGUUCGCCCGAGGCCUCCUGGAGGAGAAGAAAUCUGGCAAGCUGCAUACUACCCAGCAGGAGCUUGAGGUUUUUAUCAAAUCCCAGAUCAGCGAUAGCCAGAAGGAAUCCCCACUAAGAUCCCCAGGGUAUAUACCACAGCUGCCUGAGCCCACCUCGCAAUUUGACACCUCUCCUCCCAAAUGGUCUGAGGUCAAGAAGAUCGUGGAGCAAACAAGAGCAGCAUCAGCACCCGGACCGAACGGCGUAACCUAUCGGGUAUAUAAGAAUUGCCCUUUGCUCUUGAAGCACUUGUGGAAGCUGAUGGGAAUGGCCUGGAAAGUGCAAUCCAUCCCUGUAGAUUGGAGCAAAGCAGUUACCACCUUUAUUCCAAAGGAAAAAGACUCCAGCAGCAUCAACCAGUUCAGAGGCAUUGCCCUGUUAAAUGUAGAGGGAAAGAUACUAUUUUCAGUUCUGGCAAAACGCCUAACCAGCUACCUCUUGGCAAAUAAUCACAUUGAUACCAGUUGCCAGAAGGCAGGAGUCCCAGGCUUCCCUGGCUGCGUGGAGCACUCAGCUAUGAUCUGGGACCAAAUCCAGACAGCCAAGAGGAAUAGAUCAGAUCUGCACGUAGUCUGGUUGGACCUUGAGAAUGCCUACGGGUCAGUUCCCCACCAACUAAUCUCCUUUGCACUAAAUUUUUUAUAUGUGCCACUGCCCAUUCAGACCAUAGUGACCAAGUACUUUAACACCUUCCAAGUUUGCUACACAACCCAAGAGAUCUCGACAGGUUGGUACCCACUGGAGAGGGGCAUAGCGAUGGGAUGUUCCAUCUCCCCCAUCCUUUUUACUGCCGCAUUCGAGAUCAUCUUGAUCGGUGGCAGGCAGAUGGUCUGA